UGGAGUGUAUAACACAGUGAACCAGCCACAAUGUGUGUCAGAGGACUGUCUGUGCUCCCCGAGUAGAUGACUGCUCCAAUUCUGGUGUCUGCAUUACUGAUUGCGAGUUACGAUAAAUAUUUGGCUCGCACAUUAUUACCCCAAGUCAGGACAAGGUUUUUCGAUUGUGGGAUAGAAUGCCAGCGAUCAUAAGUAAAAACUCCGAUUUGGAGUUUGACUCCCUACAACCGUGUUUCUACCCGGACGAGGACGACUUCUACCUCUGUGGUCCCGACUCUGCGCCACCGGGGGAGGACAUCUGGAAGAAAUUCGAGUUGUUACCCACUCCGCCCCUCUCCCCGAGCCGGGCCGCGCUACCGGGGGAUGCGGCGACCGCCUCCGCGGAAGCAGACCCCCUGGGCUUCGGCCUCGGGGACCCACUGGACUGGGCUUCGGAGCUGCUGCUCCUGCCCGAGGACGACAUAUGGGGGGCGUCCGACGACGGGGACCUGUUCGGGUCCCCUUUGGAUACUAACCCCAGCAAUAUCAUAAUCCAGGACUGUAUGUGGAGCGGCUUCUCCGCCAGGGAAAAGCUGGAGCGGGUGGUCACGGAGAAACUCGGCAAGGCUAUUUCCACCGCCGCCGCCGGCGCCGCGGGCGGCAGGAGCGCGUGCGCCAAGGCGCCGGAGGUCGCGAGCCGCAGUCCGGUGACGGAGUGCGUGGACCCCACCGUGGUCUUCCCUUUCCCGGUCAACAAGAAGAACGGCAGCCGAGACUCAGUCGGGACCGUUAACACGCCCACGAACCACGGAAGCGCUCCCAGUGACUCCGAAGAGGAAGAUGACGAUGAAGACGAGGACGACGAGGACGACGAGGACGAUGAGGACGACGAGGACGAGGAGGAGGACGAGGAGGAGAUUGACGUGGUGACGGUAGAGAAGAGGCGCUCCACGGUCAACAAGGCGUCGCCCAUGGCGGCGGGGACGGUCACCGUUUCCGUGCACCCCAAGAGCCAAGACGCGAGGGGGCCCGGCGCGGCGAGCCGGUUCGUCAGCAGAGCCCCCCAGGAGCUGAUCCUGAAGAGGAGCACGGUGCACCAGCAGCAGCACAACUACGCCGCCCCCUCGCCGUACACUUCGGACGACGACCCCGCCCCGCCGCCCAAGAAGCAGAGGACGUCGGACGCCCCCCGCCCGCCGGCCAGGACCAUGUCGUCGUGCUCCUCGUCCUCCUCCACGUCCUGCAGCUCGUUCGCCGCCGGCGCGUCGGGGCCGCGCAGCAAGCGCAGCGCCAGCGGGGACAGCAGCCCGCGCGGCAGCUCCGACUCGGAGGACAGCGAGCGCCGGCGCAACCACAACAUCCUGGAGCGCCAGCGCCGCAACGACCUGCGCUCCAGCUUCCUGACGCUGCGCGACCACGUGCCGGAGCUGGCGCACAACGAGAAGGCGGCCAAGGUGCUGAUCCUGAAGAAAGCCACCGAGUACGUGAGCUCGCUGGAGACGGAGGCGGCGAGGCUCCAGCAGGAGAAGGACAGGCUUCAGGCCCGCAGGCACCAGCUGAUGCGCCGGCUGGAGCAGGCUAGGACUCGCUAACAGACAACCACUACAACCCAGGAACACUCACAUAUACCGUGGAUGAACCCCCCCCCCCCCCCUCACACACACACACACGACCCCCCGGCACCCUUUGCCCUCUCCGGCCCGCCCUCACACCCCACGUCAACUCGAUGCAUACACACUCAGGCGCAAACACAUAGGCCUGCUUAUCUGUUCUGUACAUCAACACACACACACACACACACACACCUGUGGGGGAAAGGAGGAGCAGGUGGCCAGGGGGGGAGGGGGGGGUGGGGAUGCUCGGACUUUCACUGCCGCCACUUUUUUUGCACAUUUGUUGACGUUAAGAAUGUUUAAGGUUUACUUUUUCAAUCCAGUCACAUUGAGGGGAGAUAAAAAAAAGAGGAAAGAAUGAGGGAGGAGAGAGGACACACCUUGUUUUGCUCCCUCCGUUUUUUUUUAUUUUUUAUACAUCAUUUGUAUCUUUUGUUUUUGUUUUUGUACUCACUGUGACACCAGCCUGGAAUCAGGGGAUUCCCACAGGGAUGGGUAUACGAGGGCACUUUGCUUGGAGAGUUCACGUACAAGACGCAGUGCACACUUACUUUGCCUUCACCACUGCAAAAACUGAAGAGACUAUGUAACGACUGAGGCGUUUUGGGUCACAAUAAGCAAAGCCACUACAGGUUCUCUUUCUUCUCUCACUCCUCUCUCACACUGGUGCUCCAAGUCAGUGGAUGUAAAACUGUGCACCUUUGCUAGCCGACACUUUUGUAUAGAACAAUAGUGUACAGACAAAAUAAACUCAGAUCUGCCUUGUUUUUUAAUACAUUUUUGUCCUCGUUUUUUUAUACGUGUCAGGAAGCUGCCAAUAACCAGACUGGAAGUUUAUAUACCUUUAAAAGUACUGUAAGUCAUGAAAGUUUUGAAAGUCAUGAAACUUGUAAUAUAACAUAUAUUGUUUUUUUUUUAUCUUCUCUUUUUCUUUGUAUUGUAUCAUAUUACUAAUUCUACACACCUUUAUGCUUUUAGUGUGAACCUGAUACAUACUAAAUUUUAUACAUAUAUUUUCGUAUGAAAAUGAGUUCUUGGUAGACAUCACUUUAUCUCUUGUCUUUUUUUUCUCUUUUAUCUCAAAUAAUUCUUUUGUACAGCAAAUGUGUUCGAUCAUGUACCUGGCCUUUUUCUUUAUCCCUCUUUUGUUUAUAUUUGUAACUAUCGGGUGCAUAGAACUGGGUAAACGGAUAUAAGAUGUUUGUUUUUAUGACUUUUAAAAUGUACAUUUAGUGCUGCGACUCAUAGCACUUUUGAAAUACCUCAUUUUGAAAAAUAAAUAGACAUCAUAAAAUCCU